GCAUAUGUAGGCAUGCAUCUUCCUCCGAGCAGGAAGUGAGUGGCGAUCGAAGAGCUUUGCUGGCGAUCAAGCUGGAGCUCUCCGACCCCGUGGGCUGGCUGAGCUCGUGGAACAGCACAAGCUCCGAUUUCUGCCAUUGGACCGGCGUGACAUGCACCCGCCGCCGGCACCCUGGCAGAGUGGCGUCGCUGGACAUAUCAUCGAGACAGCUGUCAGGCACCAUCUCUCCGGCGAUCGGCAACCUCACGUUCCUCCGGAAGCUGAACCUUGGAUCCAACAUGCUGGACGGCGAGGUGCCAGGCGCCAUCGGCCGUCUACGUCGCCUGCACUUCCUUUCUCUGUUCAACAACUUGUUAGCACUCCCUAGGAAGGGGAUCAAGAGAACUGGAAGAAGAACUCGUAGAUUGAGAUUUCGGAAGAGGACAGUGCUCGGCUGUGAUGGAGACUUGGAGAAGAAAAGAGGUAGAGACAGAGGAGCACGAAGGCUUCUCGAUAGAGUUCUGAUAUUUCUGCUUUUGAUGUCCUUUACAGAUGGCUCAGCAUGUAUUUAUAUCUCCUUAAGCUCUCAUAACCUAUAGCCUCUCUAGUACACAUGACCAUAGUCCAUCUAGUAUACCUAACAUUCCCCACUCCUUGAAAUGCGGCUUGCCCCCAAGCCGCUGACGGUGUAUGAUCAACUUCUUCGGUUGUUGAUUAGCGUCAUUGUUGAAUGCAUCACGCCUCUGCAGCCCUCCAUCUGAAAUGUGACAGCUCUUGCAACACUAGAACAACACCUGAAGCGAGCAACAUGACAGCGCGAUUACCAGGAUCCCAAACAAAGAUAGAAAAAUUGCCUUGGCCACUACUGACAGCACCCAGACCAGAGAAUCUGACAGCACUGGCGAUUAGACCCAAUACAAUCCCUUCAAGCUGGAAGAUUGAGACUGAAACAAAGCUUAGUGAGUCAAUGACAAUGUUGAUUGUCUUCACCUUAUCAAGACCCCGUCCUUUAGCACCAGUUGUCUCAACUUUCUCAGAACCAUCCAAAUCAAUAAGUAUAAUCUUCCCUGAUGGUACCCUCUCAUCUGAUGUGGAUUCAUAUUGUACUGAGAAAAUGCAUAAGCAGUGAUUUCUACUGCUAGCCAAGUUCAUAUGUGUUUUCCCAACAGCACUGUUGUCAAUUCCUGGAAAAAGUUCUCUAAGACAUCUGAACUGUUGAAGAUAAAUAUCUCUAUUGCUCGAGAGAUGUAAAUUCCUUGGAUUUUACUUUCCUUGAUCUGCAGGUUGUCUUUGGACAAGUCAAGAAGGUUCCUCACUUUUUUCAAAACAGUAACAAGUUUAGUGACAUGCUCCUUAUCUUUCAGAACCUUCUCCAACCAAUCAACAUCAUGAUUAAGUGUCCUGGAAUCGCAACCACCAACCAAUAUGUCAGUAACACCUGUCAUCUGGAACGACAUGUAGGUGAUGAAAUAAUUUGGUGCAAACUUGGCAAUGAAAUAACCAGCAUCACAAGGAGUGAGGACCAAGUUCACAAAAGCCUGAAUCGCACUAGCCGUGACCAUGACUGAUGACUUGGUAAGCUUAUUCUCUCUGCUUAGUAAAAUAAAGGAUGGCCAUGGAAUUGGUCUUAACCCAGGAAUAUUGCCUCUGUAGCUUCUUAGUUUUUGUGACUGUGUGCACCCGAUCCAAUCAGGAAAUUUAGUAGCAAGAGCAUAUUCCUUAAGCAGGUAACGCACACAAUGAGCACCAAUGCUAGAACACCCACCAAGCAGAGCAUCAAUCAAUGAAGGGCAACAACUCUUGCGCCUUGUAUCUGGUUGUCGUUGGAUCCAUGUUCGAAACCCUUGCUGCAUUUCAUCGAACACCACUUGAGCAUCAAUCGAAUAUGAUGUAGGCUUGCUUGCAGUAGUCACCAUGUCUACCGAAUUGGGCUUGACAAGCUUUGGAAUGAGGCCAGAGAGAUAGUUGGGUCUUUCCUCGGCUGCUGUUGCUCUGUGAUGCCUCUGUGUGUGUUGUGUCUGCGAGCGCAGGUGCGGUUUCUGUUGGUCGCUUGGCCAGCGACCUUGCAGGUGGUGCCAGAGCUGCUUGGGGUCAUCCUUGUCUUCUCCUGCUGGAACAACCCCUUGGGUAACAGACUUGCAGAGGUCGGCAGGUAUGGCGCAAUACAGAUCCACACACAGCUUGAAGAAGAGCGACAUCUCGGUGAGGAUGCCACAGGUGAGCUGGUGGGAUGGCGUGAGGUAGGAGAGCUGGUCCGGCAGCGAGAACGGGCUGUGGUCGAACCCUGCCACCUCGACAGGCUCGCCCAUGGUCGUGCGCGUGCACGCGAAGGAGAAGUUGUCGACGACCAUGGCCAUGGGCGUGCGUGCGCUAGCGCCCCACCCGACGCGGCCGCGCCUCAGGUGCGCCAUGUGGCUCCCGUCCCCGUACCCGUAGUACAGCGGCGGGCACGCGUGGGGCGCGUCGCAGGAGCUCAUCUCGAUGUUCUCCAACGGGCACCGCGUCGCGGCACAGAGGUCCGACGGCGGCGUCGAGGCAUGUGCCGCUGAGCAGAGCGGCGACGCGCAGUGCACGUAGCAGGAGUUCGGUGGUCGAUUCUUCUGCGCCCUCUUCACCUGCAUGCUCGGUGAGGACAAGCCCACCACACUUCCGCUGCGCACGUCGAGCGGUGCGUUGAAGUCGGCGCGCACGAAGACGCUCUUCCCCUUGAGCGGCACGAUGUGCUGGCCUCUCUUCACCAUACCAAAUGUUAGCACUCCCUAGGAAGGGGAUCAAGAGAACUGGAAGAAGAACUCGUAGAUUGAGAUUUCGGAAGAGGACAGUGCUCGGCUGUGAUGGAGACUUGGAGAAGAAAAGAGGUAGAGACAGAGGAGCACGAAGGCUUCUCGAUAGAGUUCUGAUAUUUCUGCUUUUGAUGUCCUUUACAGAUGGCUCAGCAUGUAUUUAUAUCUCCUUAAGCUCUCAUAACCUAUAGCCUCUCUAGUACACAUGACCAUAGUCUAACACAACUCCAUCCAUGGCGAGAUCCCUCGAGAGCUAUGCAACUGCUCCAGCCUCGCCCACCUCAGCCUGGGGGUCAACCAGCUGGAGGGUGAGAUUCCUGCUGGCCUUGGUCUGCUGUCUCAGCUUCGCACCCUCUACAUCCACUACAACAAUUUAGUAGGGAGCAUCCCACCGUCACUUGGUAACCUUACCCUGCUUCAGAUUCUUGAUGUCCUUGAGAACAAACUGGUAGGCAGCAUACCUGUAAGCCUUUCCCAUUUAGAUCGUCUGGUAGACUUUGAGGUGGGUAGAAAUAAUCUCUCCGGCACAAUUCCACCACUGCUCUUCAACAAGUCAUCGCUCCUGUAUCUCGGAGUUGCAUCGAACAAGCUGCAUGGAAGCUUGCCAGCUGAUGCAGGCACCAACCUGCCUGGUGUCAAAAAGCUCCUCCUAGGUAACAACAGGCUGUCCGGAACACUUCCUAGUUCACUUGGUAACGCUACCAUGGUCGAAAUAUUAGGUCUUGGAUUGAACAGAUUCCAAGGGAGGGUGGCACCUGAGAUAGGAAAGCUGUGCCCGUUUAAUGUCGAGAUGAGUGCAAAUGAACUGCAAGCAGAAGAUGAACAGGGUUGGGAGUUCUUCACGCUGUUCACGAACUGCACCCGUCUUCAACUGAUCGAUCUACCCCUGAACAGGUUAGGAGGAGUGCUUCCUACUUCCAUCACUAACUUUUCAACACAGAUCCAAUGGCUCAGCAUCGCGGCCAAUGGCAUAUCUGGGGUGGUCCCCUCAGGCUUAGGAAACCUUAUCAACCUUAGCAACCUAGACAUGGGUGAAAACGACCUGCAUGGUGUAAUUCCUGAAGAUAUCGCAAAACUUACAAAUCUGCAAGUAUUGUUGCUAGCAAAUAAUCAGUUCUCAGGAAAUAUACCAUCCUCCUUUGGCAACCUCACACAGCUGCAGUUGUUUUCCUUGUCGAACAACAGCCUUGAUGGCCCCAUCCCUAGAAGCCUUGGUAACUUGAAAAACUUACCUAGCCUGGAUUUGUCCUCCAAUCUACUCACGGGCUUCAUCCCUACUGAGAUCUUUGGCCUCCCCUCACUGACAGAUUACCUAUUGCUAUCUGAUAAUUACUUAUCUGGGGUAAUUCCUGCACAAGUUGGCAGCCUAAAAAAUAUCCAAACUCUCAAUCUGUCAAAAAACAACUUUUCUGGAGAAAUACCAGCUGCAAUCGGUGGUUGUGUAAGUUUGGUGUGGCUUGGUUUGGCUGACAACUCCUUCACGGGUAGCAUCCCAAAUUCAUUUGGCAAUCUUAGAGGCCUCAACACACUAAACCUCUCUAGGAAUUCCUUGUCAGGAACAAUACCACAAGAGUUGGGAAAUAUUACUGGUUUACAAGAAUUAUUUCUGGCACAUAAUCAUUUGUCUGGAAUGAUUCCUAAAGUUCUUGAGAGCAUAAGUAAUUUGGUUGAACUAGACCUCUCCUUUAAUAUCCUUGAUGGUGAGGUUCCAACUCGUGGGGUGUUUGCUAACAUGACUGGAUUCUCAAUGGCUGGAAAUCAUGGGCUUUGUGGAGGCAUUCGAGAGCUAGAAUUGCCUCCAUGUCAGGAUAUGCCACAAAAGAGGUGGCACCGUGGACUGCUUAGGAUUGUGCUUCCAAUUGCUGGCACUGCUAUAUGCAUAUCUCUUCUAUUGUUUGUGCUCUUUCUGUUGAAGUGGAAAGUAACAUCUGAAAAGACAAAAACCGACAGCUUUAUUGGGUUGACCGACAAGUAUCCAAGAGUUUCCUACCUUGAAUUGUUUGAAGCUACUGAUGGAUUUGCACCCACCAAUCUGGUAGGUGAAGGAAAAUAUGGUUCCGUAUAUAAAGGAAGCCUGUCUCUUCCGACACUGAGAAAUACUUCUGUAGCUGUCAAAGUGUUCACUCUUCAGCAAUCUGGUUCUUCAAGAAGUUUCUUGGCAGAAUGCGAAGCUUUGAGGCAGGUGAAACAUCGAAAUCUGAUCGAUAUCAUUACCUGCUGCUCUAGUGUUGACACUAGAGGCAAUGACUUCCAGGCAUUAGUGUUCGAGUUCAUGCCCAACUACAGCCUGGAUAGAUGGCUGCACCAGCAAACGGAUGAGCAGCUGCACAAAUUAAAUUUAAUCCAACUCUUGAAUAUUGCAGUUGAUGUUGCUGAUGCAAUAGAUUAUCUUCACAAUAAUAGUCGGCCAUCAGUCAUCCAUUGUGAUUUGAAGCCUAACAACAUCCUCCUUGAUAGUGACUGGACUGCUUAUGUUGCUGACUUUGGACUUUCAAAACUGAUUGGUGAAUCCAUGAACAUAUCUGGAUCAUAUAGUGGAAGCUCCAUAGGGAUAAGAGGAACUGUUGGAUACGUUGCUCCAGAAUAUGGAGGAGGUGGGCAUGUAUCCACUGCAGGUGAUGCCUACAGCUUUGGGGUUACCCUUCUGGAGAUGUUCACAGGGAGAGCACCAACUGAUGAUAUGUUCAUAGAUGGGUUGAGCUUGCACUUGUUUGCUGAGAUGGCCUUACCUGACAAGUUGACAGAAAUUGUGGAUGCAGUGCUAUUAGAGGUGCAACCAUAUGAAAACACUGCAAAUUAUGACAAAAUACUGGCUUGCUUAGCUUCAGUUGUCAGAGUCGGCAUCUCAUGCUCAAAACAAACCCCAUCAGAGAGAAUGAGCAUGAAAGAUGCGGCCAUUGAGCUGCAUGGAAUCAGAGAUGUGGUAAAGGAGAACUAUGUAUAGGGUUAUGGUAAGCCUGAUUCCCUGGCGUUCUCCUAUUUUUGUACUUUACAGACCACAACUUCAAAGGGCAAUAGGAAUUUCUUUGAGAAAAAUGUAGUACAGUUCCUCCACAAACAUAAUGAUAGUUUGAGGCAACAGCCAUACAACAACAUGAAUCUGUCAAGCAAAAUGGCCAUCGUCAGAUUGUAUGAAUUUAUGUGGGACUUAAAUAAAAUAACCAUAUAUGAAACAAUUACGCGCACAUGAAAACAA